AUGAGAGUGCGGACAACGCAUUGCUCCGAGUUCGUGGAACACGUUACUCACUCAGAGCCGAUUCAGGUUUUCUGCCAGGAGGCAGUUUACUGGAAGCGACUCGUGCACCCACAUAUUGUACCCUUUCUUGGUGUAGAUCCGCAACGUCCAGCGUGUAUAGUCUCGGCAUGGAUGGAUCACGGCGACGUUAUGACUUAUAUUAGCCGAUAUCCCUCUGCCGAUCGCAGGCAGCUCGUCCUGGACAUGGCGCAUGGAUUAGAGUACAUGCACAAAGGCAACCUCAUUCAUGGGGACAUCAAAAGCGGCAACCUCCUGGUUGAUGGAUCCGGCCGCGCGCGCCUGAGCGAUUUUGGCCUUGCUACGACGGCCCUUAGUACCACCUCUAUCGCACUAACCGCCGGAUCAUCUGCAAACUGGGGUACAGUGCUGUAUAUGGCUCCCGAGCUUCUCGAUUUGAGCGUCAAGUCCAAGACCCUCACGAAGGAAUCCGACGUGUACGCCUUUGGAAUGACCGCAUGGGAGAUAUUUGAGGGAACACAACCAUUCCCUGAUAUUCAGAACAUAUAUGAGGUGCUUCACAACGUCGUGCAGGGCAAACGACCGUCACGUCCUGUUCGUGCGGAGGAGUUGGGCUUGGAUAGUUUUAUUUGGGCGACCGCAAUAGAGUCCUGCUGGGAAACCGAACCAUCUCGGCGACCUCAGAUAUCGGAAGUGAUAGAGUGGCUGGUGUGCUAUAAAAUUGCGAGGGAGGUAGUGCCAAGAGUCCUAGAUGGAGGUCUUUCGGACGCAGAUCGUGAUAUGCUCAAUAAAUUGCAAGCAACAGGUGAGUCAAGGCAUUACGCUUAUUUGCUCUUAGCGAAAGACUAA